GUCAGUUGAAGUGUAGGAAGCUACAGGACAGAGUCUGUCAGUCAGUAGUGCUGGUGCUCAGAGUAGUGAGCUAGAGGUUAGUCAGACGGCUUAGAGUUGGGAGUUUUGCUUGGACUCUGGUGCGACUACAAAGUGUUUUGGACAUAGUGGGUUAUUGUGGGACAUAUCACCAUUGACUGUGAUCCUGAGGUGACCGUGAAGCACAAGGCAUGCUGCUAAGGCUAGUUCUCCUCAGCCUACUGGCCCUCUCUCCCUCUCUGGCUGCCCCACACCAAGGCUCCCUCCCUGGAGUGGAUUCUCCCCACAGGAGCUCCAGAAACAACAAGCUGCUGCUCAUCUCAUUCGAUGGGUUCCGCUGGGACUAUGACAGGGAUGUGGACACCCCUCACUUGGACACGAUGGGCCGGGACGGCGUCAGGGCUGCCUACGUCACACCCCCCUACCUCACCAUCACCAGCCCCACACACUUCACCCUGCUCACAGGUCGGUACAUAGAGAACCAUGGAGUGAUCCACAAUAUUUGGUUCAACACUACGACCCAGGAGAAGAAACAGUACUACAUGACCCAGUUUGUGGAUUCCUACUGGGACAACGGGAGUCUGCCCAUCUGGAUAACAGCGCAGAGACAAGGUCUGAAGGCAGGCUCCCUCCACUUCCCCGGCACGGCCGCCACCUACAAAGGUGAGAGAGUGAAGGUCAGCCAGGUGGAACCUCGUUUCUAUGAGCACAACAAUGAGACAGACUGGAGGAUCAAUAUCGACAAGGUGAUUGGUCAGUGGUUCUCCAAGGAGGACCUAGACUUUGUGUCUUUGUACUUUGGUGAACCAGAUGCAACGGGACACAAGUAUGGACCAGAUUCCCCGGAGCGCCGGGAGAUGGUCCAACAAGUGGACCGGACCGUGGGAUACAUCCGUGAUACCACCCGGAAUCAUGGCCUCUCUGAUCGGCUCAACAUCAUUAUCACUGCUGAUCACGGAAUGACCACUGUGCUCCGGAAUGGCCUGGUCAACGAGAUCAUCCUGUCCGAGAUUCCGGGAUUUGACUUCCGGGAUAUCAAGUUCCAACUUGUGGAUUAUGGACCAACAGGAAUGCUUCUCCCCAGAGAGGGAUUGCUGGAGAAGGUGUACCAGGCCCUGAAAGGGGGCCACCCUCACCUGCAUGUGUAUAAGAAGGAGGACAUGCCUGGUAGGCUUCACUAUAGUAACCACCCUCGCCUCCUGCCCCUGAUUCUCUUCGCUGAUCAAGGAUAUGUCAUCAAUGGCUUUUUCCCAGUCCAGUUCAACAAGGGAGAGCACGGCUAUGAUAACCAGAUGAUGGACAUGAAGCCGUUCUUCAGAGCUGCGGGGCCUGACUUCGAGAAGAACCUGGCUGUGGGACCCUUUGAGACGGUCAACGUGUACCCGCUGAUGUGCCACCUCCUGGGCAUCAAACCGGAGGUCAACGAUGGGUCCCUGGAGGUCACCCGCCAGAUGCUGGUUCCCAAGAAGGACCAGGGAUCCUAUGAGAACAGGGACAUCCAGUGGGAUCUAUUCAUCGGCCUGUCAUCGGUCGCUGGUAUAUUAGCGCUGGUGUUUGUUGUCACCACAGCUCAUGCCAUGUUGAAAAGGACUAAAAUGGACCGGAGAUCUGAAGUCACCCACGAGGAUCUCAAUGAAAAAGAGUCCGAUAAACAAACCUCCUUUUGAAAACCAUUACCUUUGUGGGAAGUCAAUUGUUUAACAAGUUAUUGAAAUUCUGUGUGAUUUGAGUGCUAAUAUCCUAGUUUAACCAAACAGAAUGUCAUUUUUAUACCAAUGCAAUAUAAAUCUGUAUCAGUGUACCAGGAAGACCAACACCCUAACUCUAACCAUAGCUCUAACCCUGGCUUCAUGUCCACACACGGUUCAACCCUACAAUAUGUUUCAAAACCAAUAACAAGCUUAUUGAUUAUGCUGCACUCGCUAUGUCUAGGGGUCUUAGGCCUACAUGGUCUGUAACCAGAUUUUAUGUGUGCAUAAAUGUGAGAGGUAUGUGUUUCUGACCAGGUGUUCGGAUGCAUGUACCCAGAAGAUCGCAACCUUAACUUGGAGCUAUACAGUAGAGCUAUGCAAACACCACAAUCGAGUUCCUUUGAACACUGAGUUAAAUGGGGAACACUGCAGCGUAGUUCAAUAUUUAACACUUUCAAAAGUGUUAUUUUAACACCAGUACAGUGGACUUAUAUGUUCACUGAAAAUAGUGUAUGUUUUACACUGUCAGAGUUAAAGGUACACCAUUGAUUUUACUGUGCAGCUGCCCAAUCAGAUUAUUGUUAUUUCUAAAUGGUGACCAAAAUACAUACAGUACUGUAUAUACAAAAAUAAACCAAAGGCCACAUUGCCACCAAGAAAAAAACCUGCAUCCUCCCAAGUCUACAAGCUUACACACUAAUCUCCCCUACAAAGGCAAAAUGCAGUAACUACCCUUUUGAUCAAAAUUGAGUUAAGACUGAAAUCAGGCUCUGUAGCAUCUGUAUUUUAUUCUUGUGACAAUGUGUCCUGGUCAAAUGUUGUUCAGUCAGAGGAAAUGGAAUGUGAAAUUUGCAGUAACUACAAAAUACAAGUAGAAACCAAGGCAAACAGCAGUAACUAAAGUUACUGCACUUUGGCUUAGUCCCAGCAUGUUUUGACUGCAGUAACUACACUACCGUUCAAAAGUUUGGGGUCACUUAGAAAUGUCCUUGUUUUUGAAAGAAAAGCUAUUUUUUUGUCCAUUAAAAUAACAUCAAAUUGAUCAGAAUUACAGAAUAGACAUUGCUAAUGUUGUAAAUGACUAUUGUCUAUAGUUUUUUUAGGGAAUAUCUACAUAGGCGUACAGAGGCCCAUUAUCAGCAACCAUCAUUCUGUGUUCCAAUGGCACGUUGUGUUAGCUAAUCAAAGUUUAUAAUUUUAAAAGGCUAAUUGAUCAUUAGAAAACCCUUUUGCAAAUAUGUUGGCACAGCUGAAAACUGUUGUUCUGAUUGAAGAAGCAAUAAACUGUCCGCCUUUAGACUAGUUGAGUAUCUGGAGCAUCAGCAUUUGUGGGUUCGAUUACAGGCUCAAAAUGGCCAGAAACAAAGACCUUUCUUCUGAAACUCGUAAGUCUAUUCUUGUUAUGAGAAAUGAAGGCUAUUCCAUGUGAUUUACAUAAGUAUUCAGAUCCUUUACUCAGUACUUUGUUGAAGCACCUUUGGCAGCAAUUACAGCCUCAAGUCAUCUUGGGUAUGGCGCUACAAACUUUGCACACCUGUAUUUGUGGAGAUUCUCCCAUUCUUCUUCGCAUGUCCUCUCAAACUCUAUCAGGUUGGAUGGGGAGCGUUGCUUCACAGCUAUUUAUAGGUCAUGUCCGAGCUCUGGCUGGGCCACUCAAGGACAUUCAGAGACAUGUCCCGAAGCCACUCCUGCAUUGUAUUGGCUGUGUGCUUAGGGUCAUUGUCCUGUUGGAAGGUGAACCUUCACUCUGGAGCAGGUUUUCAUCAAGAAUCUCUCAGUAUUUUGCUCCGUUCAUCUUUGCCUCGAUCCUGACUAAUCUACCAGUCCAUGUGGCUGAAAAACAUCCCCACAGCAUGUUGCUUCCACCACCAUGCUUUACCGUAGGGAUGGUGCUAGGUUUCCUCCAGAAGUGACGCUUGGCAUUCAGGCCAAAUAGUUAAAUCUUGGUUUCAUCAGACCAGAGAAUCUUGUUUCUCAUGGCCUGAGAGUCCUUUAGGUGCCUUUUGGCAAACUCCAAGCGGGCAGUCAUGUGCCUUAUUACUGAGGAGUGGCUUCCGUCUGGCCACUCAACCAUAAAGGUCUGAUUGGUGGAGUGCUGCAGAGAUGGUUGUCCAUCUGGAAGGUUCUCCCAUCUCCACAGAGGAACUCUGGAGCUCUAAGGCCCUUCUCCCCCAAUUACUCAGUUUGACCAGCUCUAGGAGAAGUCUUGGUGGUUCCAAACUUCUUCCAUUGAAGAAUGAUGGAGGCCACUGUGUUUUGGGGACCUUCAAUGCUGCAGAAAUGUUUUGGUACCCUUUCCCAGAUCUGUGCCUUGACACAAUCCUGUCUCGGAGCUCUACGGACAAUUCCUUUGACCUCGUGCCUUGGUUUUUGGUCUGACAUGCAUUGUCAACUGUGCAACCUUAUAAAGACAGGUGUGUGCCUUUCCAAAUCAUGUCCAAUCAAUUGAAUUUACCACAGGUGAACUCCGAUCAAGUUGUAGAAACAUCUUAAGGGAUGAUCAAGCUCAAUUUCGAGCCUCAUAGCAAAGGGUCUGAAUACUUAUGUAAAUAAGGUAUUUCUGUUUUUUAAUUUUAAGAGGUGUGCAAACAUUCCUAAAAAAUAUGUUUUUAUUUUUCUACAUGAGGUAUUGUGUGUAGAUUGAUAAAAUAAAAAGGUUGAAUCCAUUUUAGAAUAAGGCUGUAAUGUAACAAAAUGUGGAAAAAAUAAAGGGAUCUACAUA